AUGUUCCAGGACCGGUGGCUCUAUGCGGUGCACGGUUUUUCUGCUUCGGAUGGCUGGAUGCAUCGUUUUAAGCAGCGGUUUGGAUUGCGCGUGAAAGCCGUAACAGGAGAAAAGGCAUCGGUAAACGUUGAAGCGUACCUAAAUUUCAAGAAGGUUCUACAGAAGAAGAUUCAGGAAAUGCAGCUAUCACUAUCCCAAGUCUUUAAUGCAGAUGAAUCUGCCUUGUUCAUCAAGCUCCUAGCCACACGCUCUAUCGUUACCUGUGAUGAGACCGUGGCAAGCGGACGGAAGCAAAACAAGACAAGACUGUUGUUCCGUCAAUGGUUCCACGAAGAGUUUGUCCCCGCUGUUCGAAAAUUUUCGGCCGAGAGAGGAUUGGAGCCAAAGGCAUUGCUGGUUCUUGAUAAUUGCACCAGUCAUUAUGACGUUGACGAAUCUCUACAGAGUGACGAUGGACUGAUUCAAGUGAUCUACCUCCCACCAAAUGUAACUGCUGAAUGCCAGCCGAUGGACCAAGCGGUCAUCAAUGCAGUCAAGCGAAAGUAUAAAAGAAAACUGAUGCUCGCAUUAAUUCUGGAAAACGAACACUUAAGUUUCGAAGAACGAUUGAAGAAGGUUAAUCUUCAACAGUGUAUUUCGUGGUUGGCAACCUCUUGGGAGGAGAUAUCUGACAAAACUAUACGUAAUUCGUGGAAGAAAUUGAUCGAUGGUUUGCCGGAGGAUGCUGUUAAUGUAGACUCGAAAGCUGCCGAUGAUGACUUCAAAGCGCUUGUGUCCAGGAUUGACAGUUUGGCAGGAACAAAAACAUCUGAGCAAGAUAUUGAUCUGUGGAUCAAAGAUCAGGUGUAUGAUGCUGAUCAUAAUCCAGAUUGGGUAACCAGUGAAGUGUUCUCUGAUGACGAGAUUUUGUCAUCAGUUCUCAAGAAAGAUCAACCUGAAAUGCAAGAAGAAUGGUUGGUAGACACAGAAGAUGGAAGUAAUUCGUUUGAUACUUCCAUUACUAGUACCGGAGAUCCUGAUUUUGGCGAUGCAAUCAAGUCAAUUGAUUGCCUAGUUCGCUAUAUGAAGCAUGAUGUUGCAGAAGUAUGCCGUUUGAACGCGCUACGUUCGAAAAUCACUGAAGUUGAAUGGCUAAAACGAGCAUGUUGA